UCCUUUUAUUUUAAUAUAAUUGUAAAAUGACAUUGAACAGAGCCUGGCUUAAAGCAGCCUGUUUGGCUGCGAUACACUUUCACCCCGCAAGGCCCGUUCACCGCGCGCGAGUCGCAAUCAAUGCCAGUCGAGUUGUCGCUACCGGUUACGCUACUGUUUCUCCGCCCGCACCAAGUAAAAGGAAAAUGGCAGACAAACUGAACCAAGAUGAGCGCAACAGCUUGCUUCAACCACUGCUGAAUGCUGGCUGGAAAGUGCAAAGCAACAGAGAUGCCAUCGAAAAAGAAUUCAUGUUCAAGAAUUUCAAUGAAGCAUUUGGCUUCAUGAGCAGAGUAGCAUUAUUAGCAGAGAAAAUGGACCACCAUCCAGAAUGGUUCAAUGUUUACAACAAAGUGCAGGUAACACUAUCAUCUCAUGAUGUAAACGGAUUGAGCAAGCGAGACAUCAAAAUGGCUACAUUUAUGAACACCUUGCAUCAAUAGACAACAGGGGACCCCUUACAGACAUAUUGUACUCAAUUUGAUGUUGUGAAUGAUUAUUUUAACUUUAUCACUUGUUUACAAUAAGAUGUGAACUUAUGUUCUUCCAUUGUGAUAAGGCAAUAAGUGUGAUGUUAUUUUUAAAACAAUAAAAUAUAUUUGAUGUUUAA